AUUUUUUCAGGCAUGACAGGGCAUGACGUCGCUACUCCGGAUUCUCUCACCUCAAAAACGUGGAAAGCCGCCCGAGAACGGCGAGAUGCCUCCCGCCGAGAAUCGGCAUGUCGGAUAGGACUCGGAAAUACUGGUCUCCAGGCCAGAGGGAUGCGCAAGGUGGGCGGUUCUCGCUCCACCACAAUGUCGCACGGGAUCGUGUUUCCGACACGUACUAAGAAUAGAUCGAACAAGGCCGCCGAGCCCUGCGUUGUCUGUGCG